AAUAAGGCUUAAAGCUCAACUUAGAUUCACAACUUCAUAAAUAAAUUUCGCUUAACGACUUUCAAGAAAUCGGAAACAACAUGAAUAAGGAGAAGGCUGACGAGGCUAGGGAACGGGGUAAUGACUGCAUGAAGCAAGGUCGUGCCACACAGGCAUUCUUCUAUUACACGGAGGCCAUUAAAUUGAACCCAUCCGACCACCGCUCUUACAGCAAUCGCUCACUGGCAUUCCUGAAGAUCGAGCAGCACUACCAUGCACUGGAGGAUGCCAAAAAGGCCAUCCAGCUAAAGCCCAACUGGCCAAAGGGUUAUUUCAGGAAAGGGGAAGUGGAAUUUCGAACCGGACAUUACCAAGAUGCUGUGAACUCCUAUGAAAAAGCUAUUAGCUUGGAUGAAAGCGAUCUCAAACUGAAGUCAGCUCUGGAGAAAGCACAAGAAGAAGUCAAGAAAAUGAAGGCUGCUGCAAUAAGAAUCCCCUUCAUCAGCAUAGGCAUCGGAUUUCUCAUCGGUAUACUUCUCACCUUGGCAGAUCACUAUCUCACAUCUAAACCUUCAUUGGAGGGCUACGUCAAACUUGCGUUUGUCGCCUUAUUUGGGAUGCUUGGCUACUGUGGGUCUUGGAUGUAUUUUUAUGUACUUACCACCUACCAUGACGCAAUGCUACAACCACCUCCUGAACAAAAUGAUGCUGAUAAGAAAACAGACAAGAGUACAGACCCCGAAACCAGCAAGGGGAAGAGAACAAAACCAUCACAAGAGAGUGCCAAGAAAGACAAGGCUACUGGAGAGGCAAGACGGAGGAAGAAAACUGAAAAGACAUAAUUGUUUGCCUCUGUCCAAAUCAAUCAUGCAAAUAAGUUUGAGAAACUUUGAUGAAUGCAGCACCAGUACUUAGAAUUUCUUCAUCCCACCCAUUGAUUCCAGUCAUGGAUUCAGUUUGGGAAAAGGGUGAAAACUUAAGUACAAGAUUGACAAUCUGCCUUAUCGCAUGAAAAAAAAAAUCGUCUGAAAGCCAUGUUGCUUAUUUGUUUCGAUUGGAAUGGAGCUAGUCACGGAAAGGGGUAUCGUCAUAAAAAUGUGAAUGGGAAGAACAGGAACAUUUUGACGCUACUUGUACGAAUGACAGUGUGGUACCUCAAGAACUGUUGCGAGGUGACAGCAUGUAUUCAGUAGAAGUUUGGGAAAUACUGUGUGGAGAAGCAUUCUACAAACUGCGACUCUAAUUGUAUGGGGAGUUAUGAGGUACUGCUACAUUUGUCAGGACAAACAAGAAAAAAUUUGAGAUGAACUGGAUCAGUAUUAUUCCACAAAUAGAAAAUGUGGUUUGAUCUUAAACACUUGAAACGUAGAAAUUCAGUUGUCCUAAAAUGCUGCAAUGUGUUCUCCUUGACUGAAAAAGAAUCAAAGAAAAUUCCUGAAAAUUUAAAGGCAAGGAAUAUUUUGAUCUUCGAAUUUGGGAGCAUGCUUUGUUUCCUCCAAGACCUGUCAUUACAUGGAAGGUCUUCCCAAUCAAAUAGUAGGUUUGUGUACAUCUAUGCUUGAUCAAGAUCUGAAUCAGGGUGAAAGAAUAUUAAAUGCUGAUGUUUGAAACACUUGCCAAAGCACCCAUACCUAUUUACACACAAAGUGUGGACAUUCCUUUGUUCUCCUGUGGUUGAGGAAACUUGAGGAAAAUGCUCCUUUUUCUCCAACUGGGAUGACUCGGAGCUGGAUGUUUGAUGAUGAUUCCCUGGACUGUUCCUCUUGUAUUUUGCCACUGAUAACCUUGACCCCAAAAUGCCUCUGACACUUUUUUUCAGA